AUGAUCGACCUCCUAGAAGUGAAAAGACGCUACGAAGCCGUGCUGGCAGUUGAAGAUAGCAGAGACAAAAUUCUUCAGAAUCUCUUUGCCCAAGUUGAAAGCCUGCAAAGGGCUCUUCAAAACACGCUUGGUGAUGCCAAGUUCCAGGAAUUGAAGAAGUAUAAAACAGAGUAUGAUGAUUUGCGGCUUGACCAGUCCAAGUUAAGUUUUGUUUCCGUACUUGUCGACGGUGACUGCAUGAAUUUCAACGAUAGUCUCAUCCGACAAGGCUACAACGGUGGACGCAAGGCUGCCAUGCUCCUCCGAAAGUCCGUCGAGCGUCACAUUCGUGAUAUCGACCCCCAGGCCAGCCCAAACAUUCAGUACCGCAUCCGAGUGUACGCCAACGUUCCGGGUCUGAUGAAGACGUACCGGGAAGCACACAUCUUGCGUUCCAAUGAAGCGCUAGAUCCAUUCAUUCGGGGGUUCAAUAUGGAGAACAGCCUGUGUGAUUUCAUCGAUGCUGGUAACGGCAAGGAAUGUUCAGACGUUAAGAUACGGGCAACAUUCGAACAAGACAUUCUAGACGUCCACUGCCGUCGCAUCAUCUUCUGUGGCUCGACCGAUAAUGGCUACGCACGCAUCCUCGGCUCCCACCAAGGGUCCAACCGCAUCUCGCUCAUCCAGGGAGCACCCUUCGCCUGGGAAAUGGAGCAGCUAGCAAGCGAGUUCCAAACUACAUCCUUCCCGGAGGUCUUCCGAUCCACGAAGCUACCCUCCCGAGCAUCAUCCUUCAGCGCAUUCAAAACCGCAUCCGCCAACUCAUCACCCAGCAGCUCUCCAACCAGCCUCAGCACGCCCUCAACGCCAAAACGCAACUACGCCACGAUUGCCAAGUCGAACCUUCAAGCGACAUCCCCCACCAGAACAAACAGAUCCAAACGAUCGAAAAUCUCAGUCAUAACAUUCGAUAUCUCCCCCUCAUACGACACCCACAUUCAAUUUAACACAGUGCAGCUUAACAGCCAGAGCCAACGGGUUGAUCCGCCACCCCGGGCCAGCAGCAGAGAGAACUUUGAAAGAUUACGAAGAUCAAAGUACUGCAGUAGAUAUCAUAUCCUGGGAGAGUGUCCUCUUGGCGAUGAGUGCGGACACAGACACGGACGCCGACUCGGAUCUAGGGAUGUUCAUGACCUCUGGUGCGUUACUCGGACGUGCGUCUGUCCGAAUGAUAUCUGGUGUACGGAUCCCAAGUGUAUUUGUGGACAUCAGUGUCCGUGGGAGAAUCAGCAGGGACAUUGCAGUGCAGACUGCAAGUUUCCCGAGUCUAUGCAUGGGGUGGAUAAGUCGGUUGCGGUGAUUUUGUAG